AUGCAAAGGCAAGUCGUAACUAUUGACUUGCCAAAGUACAAGAAAAAGGUUGAUAGAUUUGGUUCCGAUCUUGCAAUUAAACAUUGUAAGGGACUAUUUGGUGGCACAACUCCUCAUUUGACAAAGAUUGCAAUGAGGAUUCUUUCUUUAACUAGUAGUUCAUCGGGUGGUGAAAGGAAUUGGAGCACGUUUGAAGGGGUACAUACAAAGAAACUAAAUAGAUUGGAGACAAGCAAAUUGAACAAUCUUGUUUAUGUUCAAUUCAAUGCUAAUUUAAUGGAGAAAAAUAAAAAGAGAAAAGAUAGAAACAUGGAAGUGCUAUUAUCAAAUCAUUCUCUCUCCGCUCAAGAAUGGAUUGUUGAUUGCGAUGAUUGUGAUGUAGAUGAAGUAGACCCCAAAACGGUUGAUGAAACUCUUGAAACCGAUGUUAGUCAAGCACCCCGAGAAAGUCCAAAAACGAGGGAACUUUUUGAUGAAGAUUUCGAGUCCGAGAGUGAGGAUCAAGUGUUAGAAGAAGACGAAUAUGAGUCGGAUGGGGUUCAAAUAAUGGAAGUACGUGGUGAAGAUUAG